CGCCUGAAUAUAGGUCUGUCGCGAAUGAAGGCUGCACUCACUGCACCCUUUCGAAAAAAAUGGCAACAUUGAUUUCCAAAAUAUCACUAUUAUCCAACCCCAAACUCAUUCACCACCGUCGUCGCAAUUUCACUCUCCUCUCUCGUUCCGCCGCGGCCACUGCUAUCAGCAGAGCCAAUAAGCGGAAGGCGUUGGAGAAGGAGAAGGAGAAGAGAAGGACGCGUUCCGACAAAGAAAUCGACAAGGACGCUUUGAUUGACCUUUACAACUCCAACAAUCUUCAUAAUCCCAAUCAUAUCCCUGUCAUGCUUCCUCAAGUUUUGGACGUUUUCUCAAAUUCAUUCUUGAACUCCUUCGUUGAUUGCACUCUCGGAGCCGCUGGCCACUCCACCGCUGUGAUUAGGGGUCACCCAGAGUUGAAGUACUUUGUUGGGAUGGAUGUGGACCCCGUGGCACGUGAAAUGGCUCAAACACGCCUCAAUUCCGUUUUGCAUGGGAGGGAGUCCAGUGUUAGAGUAUUUACAGUGUUAAGGAAUUUUAGACACAUCAAGUCUGUCCUUGGAGAAAUGGGUGAGCAGGACUUAGAAGUUGAUGGCAUCUUAAUGGAUUUGGGAAUGUCAUCUAUGCAGGUGGACGAUCCUCAGAGAGGAUUCAGUGUGCUUGGUGAUGGACCCCUUGACAUGCGUAUGGAUCCUCAGGCAAGUCUUACAGCAGAAGACGUUUUAAAUUCUUGGCCAGAUUCUGAAGUGGGACGAAUCCUAAGGGAGUAUGGGGAAGAAAGUAAUUGGCGUACCCUGCAAAAGAAAAUUGUUGAAGCUCGAGUACAUGGUGGUUUGCAUUCCACUGGUGACUUGCUGGAUCUUAUCCGGAGUGUGACUCCUGCAAUGAGAGGUGGAAGGCAAGGUUGCAUAAAGACAGCAACCCGGGUGUUUCAAGCUCUGAGAAUUGCUGUUAAUGAUGAACUAAAGACUCUUGAGGAUUCCCUCUAUUCUUGUUUUGACUGCCUUGCACCUGGGGGUAGGCUUGCUGUCAUAUCUUUUCACAGUCUGGAGGACAGAAUUGUGAAGCAGACAUUUCUCGAGAUCAUUAAAGGGAGAGAUGAUGACGGGGACAGGGGGAGCUGCAAUAAUGAUCUUGGGAAGACUAGUGAUGAAAUUAAAGAAAAAGAAGCAUGGAUAAGACACACAAUACAUGGAUCAAAUGGAAUAAUUCUUACAAAAAGACCAAUCACGCCUUCAGAAGAGGAAGAAACGUUAAACCGCCGAAGUAGAAGUGCAAAGCUCAGGGUUAUUCAGAAGCUUUGAAGAUAGAAGCUUUGAAGAUAGAAGCUUUGAAGAUAAAACAUGAGAUUGCUGUUUGGAGUAGAGCCCUGAGAAACCCCUGUAUUCAUAAGCUUGUUUGUCUUUGAUAGCCUACAUAUUUUUCAGUAGAAGAAAAAAAUUGAAGGCAUUCGAAAGACUUGCACAUAAAGGUGCAACUUUAAAGUUGAAUGGCAAAUUAUCUGUUUUUAGCUCUAGAGUCUUAGCAAACUAUCUGAAGAUUUUAAUUUGUAUUAAUUCAUCUGCUUAAAUUUUACCCAUUUAUCUAUUCACAAGUAUAUGAUUAGAUCA